AUGUCGUCGCUGACGUCGUCUGCCAUAAGGAACGUGGCGAAGCCCAUCGUGCGCAACGUCUACAACGGCACCCGUCAGAACUUGCUCAUCAACCGCGACACAAAAGUCAUCAUUCAGGUCAGAUCCUUUUAUUCAUUUGCAAUCGGAGAACGAUCGAAGAAAUCACAUUGAAAUAAUUUUAAAAGUAAGAGUCUUCAAAUAACUCAGUUUGAAGUUUCAAAUUUAGAACGAAAAAGGAUCAAUUUUUCAUGGUCAUCAAGAAGCUCUAGUGUCCCAAAAUCUAAAGGAGAAAGUUGGGAGAAGUUGUAGUGUAUGAAUAUCGAGGAUGGCUACUAACUUCAGAACAUUUUUCUGCACAACUUAAACUUUAAAGAGAAAAAAUUAUUUUUUCAUUCAGUCUUCUCUCCAAAUGCAGUUUUAUCUUAGUUUUAUCUGUGGUUUUUCAUAAGAUUUUCAGAGUAUUUUUUCGAAAAUCUUCCGUAUGAAUGUACACCUCGAGAAAUAUAUACAUUUUUUUACUUUGGAGUUUUUUUGAAAUUGUUUAGAGGAAUUUAUGUUUCGAGAGUUGACAAGGCGAUCUCUUCCCAUAGUUGUACGUCAGCAUAGAUUCUCCUUUUGAGGUUUUGGAUCAUCAAAUAGUUUGUUCCUGUUUUCCAAUUUAUUUCUGGAGCAGCCAGGUACAAUUUUUUGUAUCCGACCUCGUGUGGGAUUUACUCGAAAACAUUUUUCUGAGUUUUUUUUUUCUUGUCUGCAAUCGUUUUUUUUUCGCUUUUGAGCGAAUAUUAUGUACUCAUAGGGUGGUUUGUAUCCACAGAGUCAAUCCAAAAAAGGAAGAAAAACGGGAAACCGUGUCGGUUGCUUGGCGACGAGUUGUUGUUGUUGUACGAGUCGUGACUCGGUUCUAUGUCCAAUAAGAAAAAGGUGAUAGCCGACGAACUUUCGUUUUUUCGAGUGUCUAGAAGUGGACGUUUUAUAGUUUCCGCUGUCUGACUCGUUAGCUUUUAUAAAAAAAAAAAGAAAGUAGCCGGCAUUGGCGGGAAAAACAAGUGACGCCGUUUGGGAGGAAAUUUGAUUUUUUUUUUCUUGUGCGAUGAACUUUCCGGGUAACCGUCUUGUUUCAGGGAUUCACAGGAAAGCAGGGCACCUUCCAUGGGAAACAAAUGCUCGACUACAACACGAAAGUCGUCGGAGGCAUCUCUCCCAACAAGGUGUGCAUCUGUGUUAAGAAAUUUAACAUGAUAGAAAUCAACCUACAGAUAAAGUAUUCAACACGACUUGAAAAGUUGAAGAAGUCGAGAAUAAUCGAGAAUAAUCAAACUCUUGAAAAGUUCUUCGAGAAUUUCGUUGAGUUUGCCAAUCUGCCUUCACCAAAAUUUGAAACGCCGUCUAGUCUUAAAUUGCACUGUGACGCGUUUGCUCUUACCAGUUUUCGAUUAAUUUUCGAUUUUUGAUUUAUUUCUCAAGCGUCUUUCAUUUUGCUUGCAUUACUGGAAUUAUUCAAAAUAAAAAUCGAAAACGUGCGCUGCUUCUAGAAAACGGUUCAUUAAUCUCGGAGGAUUAUAAUCAUCCAGUGUUUUUGUUCUAGGCGAUUCAUUGAUGUAUUAGAUACUCAAUUGAAAAAAUUGGGUUGAGGCAGGCCAAACGCACCUGGGACUCCCAGUGUUCGCAACGGUGAAAGAAGCUCGGGAGAAGACUGGCGCCGACGCGACCGUGAUCUACGUGCCGGCGGCCGCCGCUGCCCAGGCGAUCCACGAGGCGAUCGACGCAGAGGUACAGGCAAACCCGAAGGCUCUCAGGCCCGAUUUCGCUGCAGAUCGGACUGAUUGUCGCCAUCACCGAGGGCAUUCCGCAACAGGACAUGGUUCGCGUCAAGAACCGCCUUCUCAAGCAAAGUUCGUGGUGAAGAAAAAUGGAACUACCCAAAAAAAAAAACCAUUACUUCUCUUUUCAAUGGACCGUGAAAAGUAUCUGUUAAGGCGAUAGGAGUGAAUGUGUAAUAUGAACUUGUUUGAAGUUUCGAAUUUCGAUGAUACUGAAAUAGAAAAAAAUCUUUUUCUAAAAUAGACAUUCCUGAAAAUAAACUUUAUUUCUUGCUUUAUUUCAGCUGGUUCUUCAAAAAAUAACUCCAGGAUUGUGCAUGCUUUAGAUUAAGUUCUGUUCCGAACCAAACUAACUCAGAGAGUGCCGAAAAUGCAACGAUUGUUUCAGACAAAUCAAGGCUGCUCGGACCAAACUGUCCCGGAAUAAUCGCCUCCGGAGAGUGCAAGAUUGGAAUCAUGCCAGGCCACAUCCACAAGAAAGGCGUCAUCGGUUCGUCAGAACUUCCGAUUGAGAUACACCGAAAGUCCAGGAAUCGUGUCGCGGUCCGGCACUCUGACCUACGAGGCGGUCCAUCAGACGACGCAGGUCGGCCUGGGUCAGACCCGCUGCAUCGGGAUCGGCGGCGACCCUUUCAACGGCACCAAUUUCAUCGAUUGUCUCGAGGUGUUCCUUGCUGACGAUCAGACCAAAGGUCCACACUGUUUCAAAAUUUCUCAUUUUUCUUAUUUUCCUAAAUCUUCUUGAAUUUCAACCUUGUGAAAGAAAAGCUUCUCGGCGAGUUUUCUGUGAUUUCUGUUGUUAUAAGUAAGAUUAUUCAGGAGAAACUAAACGUUUUUCAGAUAAAAUUUGACUAUUGCACAGUUUUCGACAAAAAUUUUUCGUGUCAGGCUCACAAGAAGUUUUUUUUUCAAAUUAUCUUUACCUCUUUGGCAAAGAAUGAUCAAUACGUAAAAUUAAUAUUAUUAGAAGAAGUUUGCGCAGACUUUGAUGAACUUUUUCAGACUUGAAGGAAUCCAAAAAAUUUAUAAUUCGUUCCAAAAUCCCCAUAAAAACAAUUUCUUUUGUUAGGCAACUCCGAAAACGGAGUUCUCUCGUAUGGUUAAUGAAGACAAAGUGAAAACUAGAAGUUCCUUACAAAAAAAAAAAUCAUCUGUUGCAGGUAUCAUUCUGAUCGGCGAAAUCGGUGGGCAGGCCGAGGAGCAGGCUGCGGAAUUCCUCAAGCAGCACAACUCCGGCGAGAACCACAAGCCGGUCGUUUCGUUCAUCGCCGGUGUGACGGCGCCGCCCGGACGUCGCAUGGGCCACGCUGGCGCCAUCAUCGCCGGUGGCAAAGGUGCGGAAACAGUCUCCAGAAAGAGACUGUUUUCAUAUGUUGAAAGCUUUGAAAAGUAGUUGUCAUUUUUGAGCUCGGAAAUAAUGCCUUAAACGCUUGGUGAAGAUUUCAAACUCGAAUUUUCGCUUCUAAAAUUUCGAUUUUGAACCCACGGAGUUUGAUUCGUAACAGAUGAUAAAAAACUGGUUCGGUUCGGAACUUUUUUGGAAAUUAAUAGCAGUCUUACCACUCGUUCUUUGAUAAACUGACUAUAUGAUUAUCUGUCAUUUUUCCCUCAAAAUACCCAGCUGAACUUAUCAAAUGCUAUGCUGAAGAAACGGUGAAAAAACAUGAAAGAACAAGAGAUCGCUUAUUCUCGGUGUCUUAUUUUUAUAGGAAGCAGUUGGUCGACACGCGAUGUUUUUGUUGGUUUCUAAAUAAUGGGUUGGCCGGUUAGAAAUGAACGUUUGGUUUUUCGGUUCACGUUCCAUUUCCAAGUUCAUUUGAAGAAGAAGAAAUUUUCCGCAUGGAAGUUGUGAAAAGAUAAUGUUUGAAAUCAAAACUACCUCUUGCAUUUUUACAUAUUUAUAAUGCUUUCAUAUUGAAAUAAACCCCAAAAAUAACUGUCGUAACAGGGCAAUCCAGUAGAUAGAAUAUCCUUUCAUCUCCAAAUAAGAAGACCAAAAAAAUCCGCUGCUUCACAUGUUUCCAUUUUCGUGACACCCAUUAAUCAACGAAAUUGAAUUUUAAAAAAGUAUUUUAACUUUUUUUUUUUCAUUUCUUGAAAAAACCCCCACAAGCUCCAAGAAAUUAGUGAAUUGGCAAGAGCAAAGAGUUUAAAAAUGAGAACUUGCUAAGCGAUUAUGAGGGAUCGUAGUAUAGCCCUUCAGAGAGUUAUUGGGCAGACUUCUAGAAAAUUUCAAACCGCAGUCUCAAUGGCCUUGUACACGAAGUAGUCGAUGUUCCAGGGACAGCGACGGAGAAGAUCGAGGCGCUGCGAGCAGCCGACGUCGUCGUAACGGACAGUCCGGCGAAGCUCGGAACCGAGAUUCAGACGGCCAUGAUGAAACGCCGUCGUUGA